ACCACACUUUGACAUUUGUAUCGCAUGUACUAGAUUUUCAUCCUCCGCGGAAAAUUUCUUUUUUGUUAAGCCGAAUGUAAAGAAAGUGCGUAUGAUUUUUCACCAGUUGUAUACAUAUAUGGCGGACUAAGAAAAUCGAUUAUAUUUCCGAUUUAAACGCAAUAGUAUAUUGAUGCGAAUAUAAACGCAAAUUAAAUAAAUUCAUAAUCCGGGUGAUCCUCGUGUUUUGGUUUCGGCUGUUUUACAUUUCCUUAUUAUUUCCGUGCUUUGCAAAGGAAUUUUAGCUGAUUGGUUAGAAGCAGUCACUUGAAAUUAUAUCAAGCCGUGCUUUUAAAAUACAAUAGACAUAUUUCCAAGCAAACAUCCAUUCUUCCAUAUAUACCGUAGAGCGACGUAGGAGUACGUCGCGUAAUAAAUAGCAAAAGUGGAUUCUGUAAAGAUUGAAGAUUUAAUGGAUUCUGAUCCUGAUAUCGAAAUCAUCGAAAAGGAUAGCGGAAUGUCAUCAUUGGGCGGAAGCAAGGACGAAACACCAGAACGACGGGCAAUUGAAAAAGUUACGGCGCCCAAAAAUUCAGACGAUGAAAACUAUGACGACGAGCCAGACGAAACUCUAGGCGAACGACUUUGGGGCCUUACAGAAAUGUUCCCAGAACCGGUACGACGGUUAACUGGCAAAAUGGUCGAUCUUACAACCACCAGCAUUAAGGGACUUUACUCAUUUUCGUGCAAUGCUUCCUGGAUCUUCUUUACGAGUUCAGUUAUUUUGUUUGCACCCGUCAUAUUUGAAACGGAACGCGCUCAAAUGGAAGAGAUGCAAAAGUCCCAACAAAAGCAGGUGCUACUAGGUCCCGGCACGGCGAUGGACCGUGCUGGUCCACCACCAUCAUUACCACUUAUUCGUUAAGUUCGUACAACUUCUACUGAUAAAUUUGUAAGAAAAGAAAGAAAAUACCCCGCAAAUCAAAACAAUUAAUCCUCUUCAAAUUAAUCAAUAAUAACAAUAGGACAGAGGAAAAUUCCUGUAACGCGUUCAUCGUUUAUUGAUAAACAAAAAUGCAAUUUUCUUGUAGAUGUAAAAUAAAAUUAAUUACUAUUGAAAAUA